UUUAAAAGAAUGUGACGAUCCAUUUGAAAAGUUGACAGUGAAGGGAAGAGAGAGAGAUUUAAUAGCUUGACAUAUAGUUGUUAAUUAUCAGUGUAUUGUAACAAAGUACCAGCUGGUAUAUAUAGGCCACUGUCUAAUAAGCUGAUGUACUAAGUUUGUUAUGAAGAAAAAGGGACUAUAGCUUAUUAGAAAUACAAACAUAAAAAAUCUCUAUGUUCAUGUGCAAACAUUAGAUCUGAAUUUGUGAAGGAAUACUUUUCAAAUUCUACAUUUUUUUUGAAAGCAGAGGACAAUUUUUAUCUCUAGUGUGAACAAAUGUGACUUGCCAUUAGGAAGUGUGUGAUCUAAUGUGAUAAACAAAUUAUUUGCUUAGGUUCCACAAGAUAUGAACUGGUGAGCGGAUAAAUGACUUCAGUGAUUUAGAACUGAUCUAUACUAACCUUAAUAUUGGACUUGAAUGAAAUCGAAAUACACCUUAUCAUUGUACAGACAGUACUUUGCUUAUUAGUAAUGACUAAGUUACAGUAUUAGUAUUUGAUACUAUAAACAUGGAAGAACCUAACAUAUCAGUGACAUUAGAGCUCAGUGGCAAAUGUAAAUCAUCAGUCAAGAAGAAUAUCAUCCAGUCAAAUUUAAUGGGAAUCAUUAAAUAUGUUCUUCCUCUGCAGGUGUAUAAAGUAGUGGUCAAUGCUGACAAUAAGUCUUGGUUCAUCUUCAGAAGAUACAAUGAAUUCUAUCAACUUCAUGAAAAGAUUAAGAAGUUGUAUCCUGAUGCCAACCUCAGACUGCCAGGAAAAAGGCUAUUUGGUAAUCUAGACCCAGACUUUAUACAGCAGAGAAGAGAUGGCUUAGAUGAAUUUAUACAGAAACUAGUAUCUCACCCUAAAAUCUCUCAACAUCCAGAAGUGCGCUCCUUCUUGUCACUAGAUAAUCCUCGAAAUGCUUCGGAACCAGUAGAUACAGACACCUUUGAGGACUCAGAAGCUAUGAAUGGCAAAGACAAUAACCCAGUAAAUCUUGGUCCAAGUGAAAAGACAAGUGUUAAACCAAGUGACUUUGAAUUUCUGAAGGUUAUUGGCAAGGGCAGCUUUGGCAAGGUGCUUUUAGCCAGACAUAAAAAUGAGAGUAAAAUGUUUGCUAUUAAAGUCCUACAGAAGCAGGCAAUAAUGAAGAGAAAUGAAGUCAAACAUAUCAUGUCUGAGAGGAAUGUUUUGCUGAAAAACAUCAAACAUCCAUUUCUGGUCGGUCUUCAUUACUCCUUCCAGACACAAGAUAAACUCUACUUUGUCUUAGAUUAUGUAAAUGGUGGAGAGUUGUUUUUUCAUUUACAAAGAGAAAGAUAUUUUCCAGAACAACGUGCCAAAUUUUAUGCAGCAGAAAUGGCUAGUGCUAUUGGUUACCUUCAUUCAUUAAAUAUCAUAUAUAGAGAUCUGAAGCCAGAAAAUAUUUUACUUGAUUCAAAAGGUCAUGUGACUUUGACAGACUUUGGUUUAUGUAAAGAGGGAAUAGAAGGCAUGGGAACAACAAGUACUUUCUGUGGAACACCUGAGUAUCUUGCACCAGAGGUGUUAAGAAAACAGCCCUAUGAUAAAACUGUAGAUUGGUGGUGUUUAGGAGCUGUGUUAUAUGAAAUGAUGUAUGGGUUACCUCCCUUUUACAGUCGUGAUACAGCUGAAAUGUAUGACAACAUUCUGUAUAAACCUCUACGUCUUAGAACUAAUGUUUCAGCAGCUGCUAGAUCAAUACUAGAGGGGCUGUUGCAAAAAGAAAAAGAACAAAGACUUGGUGCCAAGAAAGAUUUCCAUGAAAUCAAAACUCAUUCAUUUUUCUCCGACAUAAAUUGGGAUGAUCUUGAUAAGAAAAAGAUUCAUCCACCAUAUAAUCCAAAUGUGAGUGGACAGUUGGAUUUGAAGCAUUUUGAUCCUGAAUUUGUCAGAGAACCUGUACCUGCUUCAGUUGGAAAAUCAGCAGGAGGAGGUAAAAUGGUUAGUGCUAGUGUGAUGGAAGCAGACAAUAUGUUUCAAGGAUUUUCUUAUGUACCUCCAGCAGAAGAUGCAUUUAGCUAGUAUUUACCAACCUAACUUCCUUUAUAAGCAUGGUUGUGAUAUUAAUAAAAAUCCUGUCCAACAAUUUUCCAAUUGUGAAUUUAAGUUGUUAAAUAUUUAUUAUUUGUAUAUUAUUUUUUGUUAUAUUGUUUAUUGAUACAAAAAUAGACAUUAUUUGAGGAACCAGUGAAUUUUGUGAUAUUCCUCUCUGACAAAUUUUGAGGAGACUGUGAAAUGGAAUGUGUUCAUUGAUUUAUUCUUUUAAAUAGACUAUAAACAUAGACAUACAGUGCAAGCAUGGCUCAAAAUUUUUACCAGUAAACAAUGGAACUAUACAGGAUUUGAAAUAAGAAAUGGACAUUACCCACCAAGUGACCAUGGACUUUUGUUAUUACUUUUGAAUAAGGUGCUAUAUGUUUUUUUUGUAUAUUUUAUUGUUAAGACUUAUACACCUAAAAUAUUUUGUGAUUUUUUUUUUAAAAGAGGCCAGUUCAAGUCACAAGGUUACAUCAUGGACUGUCAUUCUAUACUCAGUGCAUUUUAUCAUUAUGUGUUUUAUAUUGGGAUGAUUUUAACAUUAAUAAUUGAUAAAGUUUCAAUAUUACAAUUGUGGGUUGUUCAAACUUUUUCAAUAAUGUAUUUAGAGAUGAAUUUUAGUUGUCUAUAAUCAUUCAAGUCAUAAGUAAGCUAUUGAGAAAUCUUCUCACUUAUUUCUGUUCAAAGAGUAUUUCUACAGUUAAAAUAUAUACUGUAUUUCCAAAUCUAAUGUUUACAAACUUCUCCAACCGUUUGAAUUCUUUUAACAGUGUUUUUAUUGAGAUAAUAUCAUGUCCUAUAUAUGUCUUAUAAAUGAUGAAAAGUUCUGAGUAUACGAUAGUAUAUCUUGAAUAAGAUGGAUGUAUAUGUAUAUUUUGAAUAAGAUGGAUGUAUAUGUAUAUUUUGGACCAAUAGUCUGAAAGAUAGUCAGAUUUUACCUCAAACCAGACAAUUCUCUUAAAAGGGAUGAGAUUAUAUUCCCAUUACAUUCCAUAGGGCAUAUAUUUUUCAUGGAAGACAUUAUAAUAUAUUAUUAAAGUUUUUUUUUAAAGUUAUUUUUAUAUUUAAUUUUAAACUUUUAAGAUGAUAAAAUUAUAAAUUAUUUAUUACUUUUUGUCUUCAAAUGAAUCAUGAAAAGAUUUUCUUCCUAAGUUUCUGAAAGAAAUGACCAAAUAAUAUAUAUACAGUAUCAGUUUAUGAUAUAAAAAAUUCAAGGAUGUUCGCUCAUCUUGUUUUUGAAUUUUUGUCAGAUAUUCAGAAUCCUCUGGUUUUAUCCAAGUAGUGCUAAUAAAUAUUUUGUCAGCUAACCCCUACUUUUCUUUUCAUAAUUUUAUUACAUAUAGUUUAAAAGGCCAUAUUUGAAAUUCUUAUAAAAUCCUUGUUAUUUUUUCGUAGUUUUUGAAAGAAAAAAGGUGCCAAUGUUAAAUGUAUGAAAAAUCUAGAGAGAAUCAUUUCCCGCCAAUUUUACAAUGGCCUUAUGUCUUGAAAACAAGGUCACAGACCCUUCAUUUUUUUCUGCUUUUUUAGCUCCGUUAUUUAUAUACUAUCAAUUUAUAACAGCCUUUUAAAAAGCUUGUUAUUUUGAAACGGAGUAGCGAACAUCCUAAGACAUUACAAUGUUGUUUUAGUUUCAUUUACAAAAAGUUAAGUCCAGUUCAAACAAACUCGUAACUGAAUAAUUGUAAUUUUUGUCUAACAAUUUUGUACACUAAUAAUAUACCAGUAUUGUUUUAAAUACUGGUUUAUAAAGGUAUUACUGGUAUUGGUAAUCAAAGACAAUCAAAAAAGUUGGAUCAAAGGUCUGUUUGUGCAAUUAAGCAGUCUUCAUUUUAAUACGAUGAGUAAAUGCCAAAUAAGAAAAAUGACUAGUCAGAAUUAUGCUUUGUGUGGGUGCCUUUAAUAUCCUAAGCCUUUUUGAAAAAUAACUGACAUUGCCACAAUUUUGUAAAUUUGAAUACAUUUCACUGAGAGUAUUCAAACUAAUUUGUUGUGAGUGGCCUUUAAUUUAAAGUUUGAAUAAUGGUAGUUAUAUUAAUAAGAGGUUUAAAAUGACAUACAAAUGUUUUCUAUCUCAGGUGUUACCUCAAGUGUGUAUACUGACUUGAGAAAGAAAACUUUUCUGUUUAAAGGACUGUCAUGUUGUAAUGUAUAUUAUUAGUUAAUAUAUUCAUAUGUUUUGAUAACUAAAAUACUUACAGAUAAUAUUUUUGUUAUUUUUUUUGGUUACUUUUGUAAUGAAUAAACGUUUUUGGUGAGUAUUUUCAGUCAAGAUAUGCCAAACUUUCUGUGAAUGGAGAAUGAAAAGAUUUUGUUGUUUUUUAUUCGGAAAGAGAAAUCAGUUUGAGAAUACAUUUGGUUCCUUUAUUUUUAGCUUAUUUUCCAAAACUUAUAAUAGAAACAUUAACUACUUUAAUUCAUAUAAAGUGCUGUAUUAGAUUUUUACCACAACUUACUGUUGGGAUUAACAUAUCAAAUUUUCCACAUGAAAUAUUUAAUAGCCAAAACAGAUGAUAGAGUCUUCGCUGAAAGUUUCAGCCAUUGUAAAUUAAGAGGCUUUUCUUUGUUGAAAUGGUAUCUUGACUUUCAAGAGUUAGCUUACUUAAGGUGAUUGAUCCCCAUUAAUAAAGUUAUACGAGAUUCAUCCUUCAUUUUUUAUUGUCGAGCCUACAACAUUUUCGUCAGCAGCUUUGUUGUUGGUGGCAUCAUCAUUUAGGUUCAGUCUGUGGGUAAAGUUUUUUUAGACAUCAAUCAUGGAAUUUUAUGAAAAUUGACAGAAGCUUUAUCAUAACCAAACAACUGCAUGAGGAAAAUUUAUAAACUAAAGCAAUCGCAGGCGAGACACAGGGUUCUGCUGAUUUUUUUACUACAAAAUUGUAGAAUAACGAUAUAUUAUCAUUCUUAUAAUUAAGAUUUUUCUUUUAUUGGUUGAGUUUAUUUCUCAUAAAAACAUUUUUUGGAAAGGCAUAUUUGGAAUUUUAUUUAAAAAAACAAAACAACGAAAGUAUUUUUUUCACAAUGAAUAACAUUGACAACGGAAAAGAUUAGGUUUUUUAGAAACAGAUGUCAUUAAACAUAGUUGUAUAUUCAUGAUUGCUUUGUAAAGUAUUUGGAUAAAAAAUUGUACACUUCAUCUUGUAAAAGUAUUCAACCUCAUUUUAAAUCAUAUAUAUGUAGCAUUUUUAGAACACAAAUUUUGUUUGUUCUUAACAUUGUUUAGUCAUAUGCUCAAUGUUAAAAGUUUUAUUUUAAGUCAAAAUGACUUUAAAUAUGUUGAUAUCUAUGCAACUGGUUGCAUACAAUGAUAAAAUAAAAUUGCAAAACCAA